AUGUUACUCAUAAUCACGGAUGCAUACAGUAAGUGGAUCGAAGUUAAAGUAACAACCAGUAUGACGACUAGUGCUACAAUUGCUCUUCUCGAUGAGCUAUUUGCGUCAUAUGGAAUUCCUAUAACGGUCGUUUCUGAUAACGGAACUAAUUUUACAUCUACCGAAUUUAAGUCUUUUCUUCGGAUGGCAGGUGUAAAAUUUCAUAAGUUGACCGCCCCGUAUCAUCCAUCAACAAAUGGUCAGGCGGAACGUAGUGUACAAACCGUGAAGAGUGCUUUAAAAGCUAUGGGCACAACAAGGUGUAACAUUCAAUGUAAUUUGAACAUAUUCCUUCGUCAGUAUAGAAGAGCGCUUCAUUCUACAACAGGACAACCACCAUGUCAACUGUUUUUGGGACGCAAUAUUCGAACACGGAUGAAUUUGCUGCUACCGGAGGAUAUAUCGGUGAGAAUCUAUCAGCAACAGAAAAACAAACUCGAUUCUUCAUUCCGGGAGUUCAGUGUAUCCCAAUCGGUUUAUUUUCGGUCCUACAAUUUGAGAAUGGACAAAUGGGUUGCAGGUGUGAUUUCGGCGCGACUAGGAGACAUACAUUAUGAAGUAGACUAUAACGGUAAGAAGUGUAAACGACAUGUGGAUCACGCUAGAGUGCCAGGCUUGUCGGACAAAAAUUCUUGUAUGAACAACAAACCUGACCCCUAUGGCCUUCGACUUUCAUCUGAAUCAACACCAAUCACUGUUACGUCUAGAUCCGAGGUACAGGAACAACCAUCAUCACCCGAUGUUUUAUCUAAUAGUGGUUGUGAACGCUCUAUCAAUCCAAACGGUAACCUCGAUACAAAUGGAACGACAACUCCUCUAACACUUCCACGUCGGUCUACAAGAACCAGGAAACCACGAAUCAUCCUCACACCUGAUAGCAGUUGA